AUGUAUGACUUGUCAUGGGAGUACUUUGGUGAGAAGGUGGCACUGUACUACCUGUGGCUGGGCUGGUAUACCUUCCUCCUGGUUCCCGCAGUUGUGGUGGGGGUCAUCAUCGUCCUCUACGGCCUUGCCUUCUUCAAAACCAGCCCUCUCAUACAAGAGGUGUGUGCGUCGCCUGUCAUCAUGUGCCCAAGAUGUGAUAAGGAAUGUAAUGUCACGAAGCUCAAUGAAACCUGCUCCUACGCCAAGGUCAGCCAGCUCUUUGACAACGAGGGGACUGUAGCCUUUGCCAUGUUCAUGGCUAUUUGGGCCACCUUGUUCCUGGAGUUGUGGAAGAGACACAGGGCGAAGUACGUGUCCAGGUGGAAGGUGUCCGUCUGGAACGACGAAGAGCUGAUUGUGAUCAUUGGGCUGACCCAUGCGCUGGUGGUGUCGCGGCUGGUGGUACGGGUGUUCCUGUCAGAACAGGACCACUGGGGUUUGCUGAAGAAGCACGCCGAUAGCGCUGCUGUCAUGCUGGGUGCCAUCCUGCACUACAUCACCAUGCAGGUCAUGACCCGGGUCGACCGGGUGGUGGCCUUUAAGCUCUGUGAGAUUGCCACUGAGAGGAGCUUCACCGUCAAGAUGUUCACCUUUCAGUUCUUCACCCUCUUCUCCUCGCUCAUAUAUAUUGCAUUCUUCCUGGGCAGGAUUAAUGGGCAUCCUGGGAACUACGUUAGACUAGCAGGGAAAUGGAGACUUCAGGAGACACUCAACAACAUCUUUGAGUUCACCAUACCCUGGUUUCAGCGCUGCUUCAGACAGACCAAAGCUAAGAAGCUGCAGCGUAGUUGUGGCAACUGCUACAGGAAGGCGUGUCGCCGGAAAGAUGGGAAAGUGGAGCCAUGUGACACCUGCAAGAUACGUGAUUGGAUGCAGAACUACCAUCUGAAUGAUGUCAACGCCUUCAGCCUCUUCAAUGAGUACCUGGAAAUGGUCAUGCAGUUCAGCUUCACCACCAUCUUUGUGGCUGUGUUCCCACUGGCCCCUCUGCUGGCUCUCAUCAACAACCUGUUUGAGAUCCGCCUCGACGCCAUGAAGAUGGUCAGCCUUGAGCGCCGCCUAGUGCCCAAGAAAACUAAUAACAUUGGCGUAUGGACUAAAGUGUUGGACGCCAUUGGUGUGCUGGCGGUCAUUGCUAACGGGUUGGUGAUUGGCAUCUCUUCAGACUUUAUCCCACGGCUGGUGUAUCGCUACCACUACGGCCCCUGUGCCAACGGCACUGCCACCGACCUAGACUGUAUGACAGGCUACAUCAAUGACACUCUCAUCUCAUCUCAUCUGCAAGGACUUCACCCCCCAGCAGAUGAUGUUCGACGAUGGUCACGGCAUAGUCAACGCCACACAGUGCAGUUAUAAAGACUACCGCAGCAAUGAAGACUACGCUCUCACCUCCCAGUACUGGUACAUUCUGGCCAUCCGUUUCGCCUUUGUC